GGUGGGAGACAGAAGAAGGAAGAAGAAGAAGAAGGCACCAAGGUGUUGUAUACUUAAACGAUGAUACCGUUUCGAGAAGAUGGUUCGAACGAUCGUGUUAUCGAUUGAUCGCCGCACAGUUUGAGCGCGAAGACGACGCGACGGGAGAAAAGAACAAAUAUAUAUAUGUAUAUAUAUAUUACAUAUUCGAAGAGAAAAAUCGAAGAAUAUUCGUAAAGAUGAGGAAUCCGAUAGCGGUGGUUAUUCUCUUCCUGUUGGCCGUCUCGAUAUUUUGCGAUGGAACGACGAACGCCUACAACGUUCUAAUGGCCACCAUGGGUGGGACCAAGUCUCACACCAUACCUUUCGUCGCGUUGGGUAUCAGUUUGAAAACACGUGGACACAACGUGACCCUUUUAAGCGCAUUUCCGGGACCAGCUGCGAAUAAUGGGCUGCAGGAGUUCGUCCCUCCCAUUUUCGAGGCUUAUGUCGGGAAUUACACGUCCGAAUGGGAUUUGGUCGGUGCGAGGUUCCGGGAUGAAAUGCCCAUCUCCCCGUGGGACGCGAUGCGAUACGCCUGGGAGUCUUGCGAGGCGCUUCUUCGGGACGAAAUAUCGGUAGCCUGGCUGAGAAGGGGCAAAGCCGAUUCUCGUAAACGAUGGGACGUUGCCGUGGUGGACGGAGCCUUCCCCGAGUGCCUUCUUGGAGUUCUCCACGGCGAGGGCGUGCCCACUAUCAUGCUAAACACGGUGGCUUUGUACAGUGGGUCGAUAAGUCGGCAAGGGAACCCAUCUCCAUGGUCCGUCACGCCUUACUUCGGCAAAUCCCUGACGCAAGACAUGAGCUUCGUUCAAAGGAUCCUGAACGCCGCCUGCCUCGUCAGUUUGAGGAUAAUGCACUGGUUCAUGAUCACCGGAUACCUUCAACCGGUUCUGAGAAAGUAUCUAGGGAAUCAAUUACCCGACGUGCGAGAUCUGACCAGAGAGAUCCCCCUGACAUUGCAGAAUAGUCAUUACAGCGUGGCCGACUCGGUCCCUUACUUGGCGAACGUGGUGAAUGUCGCGUGCCUCCAUUGUAAACCCGCGACUCAGCUUAGUCCGGAUUUGGAAACUUUUUUGCAACGCGGUUUCAUCUUCGUUUCCAUGGGUUCGUCGGUCCGCGCUUCAGGCAUGCCCGAGGCGCUUCGUCAAAUCUUCGUGGCAGCCUUUGCCACGCUUCCGUGCAACGUUAUAUGGAAAUGGGAAGGUAUGAAGAUCAAAGAUCUGCCAUCGAACGUCAGAACGGCGGCAUGGUGGCCGCAGCAAGAGCUAUUAGGCCAUUCGAAGCUUCGAGCGUUUGUCUCCCACGGUGGACUUCUAUCUCUGCACGAGGCCGCUUAUCACGCUGCUCCCACUCUCGUUUUGCCCGUUUUCUGUGAUCACGAUGGAAACGCGGCACAAGCUGAAAAAUUGGGUUACGCUUUGGUGAUGGAUUUGGCCGGAAUAUCCAUCGGGAGUCUUCGCGAUGGGAUUCUCAAAGUGGCUGCGAUUCACAACAAUUCGUAUCGAACAGCGGCGAAAAAGAGGAGCACGUUGCUACGAGAUUUACCGAUUAAUCCUAGAAAAUUGGCCACUUGGUGGGUGGAACAUGUUGCCAAGUAUAAAGGAGAACAUUUAAAAAGUUCUACGAGGUAUAUGAGCGUUAUUCACUAUUAUUCCAUCGAUGUGGUAAUAUUUUACGUGAUAACAUUAACGCUAUUGAUGUACGGAUUAAAGAAAUUAUGCUGGAGGACUAUAUCCAAACAAGUUGUUAAAAAGAAAAUUAAUUAGACUGAAUAGUGUCAAUUUUAUAGCGAUGAAAUUCUGUGAAAUUGCGAUGUCUUUAUAUUUAAUAGCAUUCAAUACAAAAUUGUGAUCAUAUAAAAGCAAUCGUUAAUCGUAAUCGAAAUGUACUGUAAAAAAAAAAA